UCUUGACAUCUUGAACCAAACGGCUCUGGAGAUUAAAAACAAAAAUAAACCAAAAAAAUAAUAAUAUCAGCUUCUUCUAUCUAAUCCAGUGGCUGACACUGAACACGCCAAAUUCUCACUCCAAUGGCUUCUCUUCAUCUUCUUCUUCUUCGACCUCUCACAUCUCUCUCUCCCCAUUCUUCUGCCCCUUUCUUUUCCCAAUUUUCUCACCCCAUUAGUUUCAGAUCCUCCAUUACCAACAAGCCCCUUCCAUGCAAACCCCUCAAUCUUUCAUUUGCCCUCGCCGAAUCGGACUCCCCCAAGUCCUUGGACCCCGAACCCCAGCUCCUCCUUCAACAACUAGCCGACUGUUUUGAUCUCGCGCGAGAUUACUUCGAGAAGCUUCCCCGUGAUCUUCGUCUUGAUCUCAACGAUGCUGCUUUUGAUCUUUCGAAUGGACCCGUUGUUGAUGAGUGUGGCCAAGAGAUGGGAGAAAUAUUGUUAAAUCUUUCUCGGGCAUGGGAAGUAGCCGACACCUCUACUUCACAUGCCUUAGUAAGCAAGUUCCCGUCGUUGGUGCAAUCUUUGACAGACAGCAACAAGUCAGGAUUUGGCAAGCGUUUGAUAUCUGCAGGAAGAAGGUUCCAGUCGAUGGGACAGUACGGUCAGGGCGAAGUACAGAAGAUUGCCAAAGUAAUGAUUACAACUGGAAAGCUUCUGUCUGCAACCUCUGCUCCUAACGUAGCUGAGCAGCUGAAGAAUGAAGCCAGAAUGUUUAAGUUUGGAGAGCUUCAAGUUGAACUGACCGCAGAUAAGGCGAAUAUCGGUGCAGCAAUCGGUUUUGUUUUUGGAGUAAUUUCAUGGCAACUGGGUCAGGGUGUCCAGAGCAUUCCUGAGAGCUCUCUGCAGUAUGCAAAUGACAAUGCUUUACUUCUUGCAAAGUCUUUGAGAGGCGCUCUACUUGCGGUUUCGUACUCAUCGGCGGUCUUAUCUGCCUUCACCACUGUGGGGUUAAUAUUACUUGGAAGACAGCUUAAAUCAAAGGAAGAGUAAGCCUGUCCUCUUUAUUUUUCUCUUAACUCUGUAAAUGUACUCAAGAAAAUGAUUACUGAAAAUGGUGUGAGUUUUUGUGUACAUGACAAUAAUCUUACUCAAUUUUUGAACAAGAGUGGCUGAUAUUCUCUUGUUUUACCUGGUAUAUAACAAAUUUAAGUUGUGCAACUACUUGAUUGUAAAUACUUUCUACCAUGUUCAUUGUAA